UCUGUCUCCUCUCCAGGUCAGUGUCUCCUCGUGAGAACACAAAGUCUGUCAUACCUGAGGAAACACUUCCACCUAACCACAGAAACCGCCGUGCAUUAUGGGGGUUGUGGUCUUCAACAUCUCGGCCACCUCGGCCCAUGUGAGCUGGCCGGUCUCCCCCAACUGCUUGGACACUUUCUACAGCGUCAUGUACGACCCCAACUGGAACAGCCUGCUGAUGGGAUACAAGCGCAAGAGCUUCCUGAUCGAGGAGCGGAUCCCCGUGAGCCAGACCUCCACCUACCUGCACCACCUGAUCCCCCAGACCGCCUACUUCCUGUGUGUCACCUGCCAGGCGGCCAAUCCGGUGCAGGACCAGUGUCAGGUGUUCAGCACGCCCAGCGACAGCAACGACCCCCACGACCGUGCGGGGUGGGAGCUGGCCAUGGGGGUGUGGCUCACCUGCUGCGUGUUACUGCUGGUGAUCGCAGGCGUGCUGCUGUGGGGGUGCGUCCACACAAUGUGCUGCGUGCCCACCCAGGGAGGAACAACAACAACAUCAACAACUAGAACCAGCAUCGCCCGGCAGGACAUGAUUGCAUCCUCGGGGAUCUACUCUAACAGCAGCGAGGACAGCGGGAAGAACGGCGGCCUCGUGCAGCCCCCCCCCCCCUCCUCUCUCUGCUAACGCCGCUAACCACGUAAUUACCCAGGAGCACGAGCUCAGGACGCUGGCUAAGCUGUCUGGAGCCGAGCCAGUGUGAAGCAGCUGGAUUGAGGUCAUGGCGGUAUUGUUAUCUCCAGACUCAGUUUUUAUCCACUCGUGAAAUGAUGCCUAGCCCGGGGAGUGUCAGGGAGAAAUACAAUUACAUUAAUUGUUGAAUUAUUGUCCCUAUUUUAUCAUUCCUAUUGUUGGUUAGGCUUUUUAAAGUUGCCUACCUGCUCACAGCAAUAGUUUGAAUCAGGCACCACCCAACCCAGAACAUCAUCCAUUCUGU